CCUCCAGUCGGAAGUGUUCCGCCUUUCGAGACGAGCUUCUGGGGCUUCUGGGCGGUUACCAGCUUUAGCUAUGGCUGCCUCCUUGGCCGGGAAGAAGAUAGUGUUCGUGACGGGAAACGCCAAGAAGCUGGAGGAGGUCAUUCAGAUUCUAGGAGAUAAGUUUCCAUGUACUUUGGUGGCACAGAAAAUUGACCUGCCUGAGUACCAAGGAGAACCAGAUGAAAUCUCCAUACAGAAGUGUCAGGAGGCAGCUCGUCAGGUGCAGGGUCCUGUAUUGGUGGAAGAUACCUGUCUAUGCUUCAAUGCCCUUGGGGGACUCCCAGGCCCCUACAUAAAAUGGUUUCUGGAGAAGUUAAAGCCUGAAGGUCUCCACCAGCUCCUGGCCGGCUUUGAGGACAAGUCAGCUUAUGCACUCUGCACAUUUGCUCUUAGCAGCGGGGACCCCAGCCAGCCGGUGCUCCUGUUCAAGGGACAGACCUCGGGUCAGAUCGUGGUGCCACGAGGCUGCCGGGACUUUGGCUGGGAUCCCUGCUUCCAGCCUGAUGGAUAUGAACAAACAUAUGCAGAGAUGCCCAAGACUGAGAAGAAUGCCAUUUCUCACCGCUUCCGGGCCCUGCACAAGCUGCAGGAGUACUUUGGCUGCGAGACUCAUGAGGCUGGCGGUGGCCAUGCCGGCCGUGGAUGCUGGGACAACUAGCACAACUCCCCAGCAGGCGGACACUCCUGCCUGUUUCUCUGUGUUUCCCCUCUGGGGCUAUUGUGGCAGCUUCAGCAACCAGGUUUGGAAGAGAAACUGACAAGUUGAUACUAAUAUCUUGCCCUUCAGGGUUUGCGGAUUGUUGCUCCUCUGAUAUGUGGCCCUGGGAUCCUGAGGGACCUUGGAUGUUAAAGCCAGUCUUGGCAGAAUUGAGGGUUUGGGGAGGAACUACACAAACUUUGAUGUUUUCAGAAUGCAGCAAAUGUAAAUUCUGGAGGGCCCUUGUUUCUAAAAUAAAUCGUGUAUGUUUUGAGCCUUGCUGCUGUAAUGUACACUAUAUCUGUGUCUUGAGUUCCCUUUAACAGGGAGGAACCCGUCUUGGCAGGGUAACCAGAGGGGCAGUGCUGUGAAGGAUGUUCCCCUGCGCUUGCUAGCUGGAAUGCUACAUCUCUCUGUGAUGUUUUACUCUUGGAGUCAUGGAUCAUAAGCCAUCUUUUCCAUGUCAGAUUCCUGUUGGGGCUGGAAGGCAAGUACAGGUUUUACUUUAUGCUCUUGUACAUUAAGGGCCAGCAAGAUGGCUCAGCAGGUACAGGUGUGCCACUGAGCCUGAUGACCUGCACUCCCUCCGAAAUGACCGAGUGUCCACGUGAUGGAGGGAGAGAACUAACCCCCGCAGGCUGUCCUCUACCCCCCAUGUGCACCUUCCCUGUGAGUAGAAUAAAAGAGACCAAUGUU